AUGGAUUUAGUAUACAGAGUACCAUUUUUGGUUCUUGAAGUGCCAAAUUUAAAAUUAAAAAAACCAUCAUGGUUUGUUAAACCUAGUGCAAUGGUUGUUUUUUCAAUCAUUCUUUUAUCUUAUUUUAUGGUCACUGGAGGUAUUAUUUAUGAUGUAAUUGUGGAACCACCUAGUGUUGGAUCAACGACUGAUGAACAUGGUCAUACAAGGCCUGUAGCAUUUAUGCCAUAUCGCGUCAACGGACAAUAUAUUAUGGAAGGUUUAGCCUCGAGUUUUUUGUUUACUCUUGGAGGACUUGGUUUCAUAAUACUUGAUCAGACACACUCACCUUCAACUCCAAAAUUGAAUAGGAUUCUUCUGAUGAGUGUUGGUUUUAUUUGCAUCAUUGUAUCUUUUAUCACUUGUUGGAUUUUUAUGCGUAUGAAGCUUCCAAUCAUAAAAUGGAUACUUCUAGUGGUAAAUCCCAAGACCGUGGAUUGUCUUAAAGCAUUCUACAAUCGAUCAUACUUCCAU